AUGUCGCACCUUACUGAGCUUCAGCGCUCUGCUGUUCAGAAUGCACAAGCUCUCCUUGAACGUGCUGGACUCUCGCCUCGCGACUUGGAUUUAGUCUCACCGUCACCAUCACCGCCAUCACCUUUGCCUCUGAGUCCUGUUCGUAUUGCUUCCACGCCGCCUCAUCUCUGCACUGCAACUGCACCAGCUACCCAACAUGCCCACCCAAAUGCUGCAAUCAGCACAUACUACAUCCCGCCUCCUGCACGACCUUUUACAGAUGAAGAUCGUGUACAGGAACUUCAUCGCGUCACACGCAGGACCUCCGCACACGCUGUCGUCGAACAUCCGGUCGGUGCGAUCGUUGAAUAUCCGCAAACCGGACAACAUGCGGACGAAUCCAUCGCCCACAUCUUCCACAUCGAUCCAACUACUUCUGAGUCUUCACGUCGUCCUCAGUCAAGUUUCCAAUACUCAUUGGGUGAUGGGCAUGGGGGACAGACAAUUGGUCAAUGUCUUAUGCUUCGCAACGCCGAAGGACAUCCCGUUUCGUGCACCAACCUCAAAACAUCUUGUAUGAGCCUUAAGAUAUGCUCAGCGCGUACACGCGACAUAUCGACACAUCACUUUACUAAUAUUUUUGAGGUUGCAUCUCAUUGUCAGACUCGGACAGACUCGAACAGUCCCGCCAGCGCUGCUGACAGGGAAAUCUUCGAACGAACACUGGCAUUGUACAUGGCCUUGUACGAACGUGGCUGCCCUGCGAUUGACGGUGUCGACGAUAAUGUCCUUCCCCAGUCAUUCCCCGUUUUUCCAGCCCGAUCUCCAAACCCUCGUCGAGUCAAGAAGCCCAGGUGUAGCGGAAAAUUGAUCAUGCAGCUUGAUGCCUACAAUCAACCAUUCGUCCGAUGCAAAUUGCGCUCCCACACUCGCCGUACCCACCUAUUCAUACGAAAUCUCCAGGAAUGUGACACCCGCUACUUACGAGCUCUCCUCGACAACGACAACGACAUUAUUUCGGAGUGUGAGCAAUCAGCCAAGUCACAAGGCUAUGGUCCGCUCCUGCCGUGCAGCUAUGUUACAAGCCCAUCCUCCCAAAGGCAAGUUUGUCCACACCUGCACCGCCAAGCAGACGGCAAGCUCAAACAAGGUGUCUUGCGGAAGUGGACACAUAAUUGCACUGCAAAAUUCAACAUCUAUGUCCCCCACGAUCUCGUAGCUUGCCCGCGCAUAGUUGUCCUCUGCAGCAACCCGCACUCACACCCGCCUCCCGCACCCGUCAAAACACCGACACCACUUGUUGACAUAUUUCAUGAGCUUCUCUCGCUCAUGAAAUGGAAACUAGCAGAUGCGACACCACGUCGGAUUUAUUUGGACACAGCAUUCAUCCAGGGCCUUCAUGAAGUACUUGGCUGGGACUUUCCAGAUGGCCGCGACGCAACACUGCAAGAUCUUCAUCCGUCGCUGGCCAAUCUCGAUCACGUACGGCGUCUCAUCAAUGUUCUGAGGUCUGUGAAGUAUCCCAGUGGAACGGGAUUUGAAGGCAGUACUGAUGUGGAAUUACCAGGUGCAUGUCUCCUUGCCGAGGAGCAUGCAAAGCUACCUCUGGAACAACGCUAUGUGCGCUGUGCGGAGACACACAUCAUCGAGCGGGGAGCAACACUCAAACUCGUCAUCUGCAUGACACCACGUAUGUCACUGCACCUCAUGCAAGCUACACGCCUGUCCAUCGACACGUCAUUUAAGCGUGCACAAGGAUGGCAAGAGUUUGAAAUUGAGUCGUGGAACAUCGAGCACCAACGAUCCGUCGUCAGCAGUAGAGCAUUUACAACAUCGCAAAGCGCUCAAGCUCACCUCAUUCUCUUUGAACGAAUUUUUGAGAUCGCGUCCGCUGACACUGGGUUGCCUGUGUCGUUCAACCAUAUCCAUGGCUGUGGGUUCGAGACGGUGAUUGCGGAUAGCCACAAAGGUCAAGGGUUAGGUUUGGGAAUGUAUUGCGCACAACUGUCUCGCUCCAUCACGACACCAUGCCCGUACGAGUCGCAACGUCGUCUCUGCGAUCUGGGGCCGUACGACCAUCUCCGGCGAUUCUAUCGGCUUUGCGUGGCACACUAUAAAAGAAAUGUCCAUGGCCUUCACACCCACGUUUCGGACAAAGUAUAUGCAGCAAUGUUGAGCUUGGCAACAUCCGAGCCCCAUCCAGACAUUCAGAAGACGUUGGAUAUCAUUCGCAAUGGUGGUCCAAAAGCCGCAGCAUGGCUGAAAGAUAAGCUUGAAGGCACGAAAUUCGCGUUUCCAGCAAUAUAUCAGCCAGCGAGCCUGAUACCUCUUGCUUUUUGGAAAGCAUCACCCGCAACGACCAAUGGCAACGAGCAAUCUCAUCGUAAUGCGUAUCGCGAAGGCAUUCACUUGACUCUAUUAGCCGGCCUCAUGAAAGGCAUGAGAUACGAUCAGGGAGCAACACACAGUAUGGAUGUCCACACCACAUUUGGUGUAUCAACUCGAGACCAAGGUGCAACUUAUAUUCAACGCGCGAAACAGUGCAUUAUGCGACAAAGUAAGAACUUAUAUUACACUUCAAACACUAGCUCAUUUUCGUCAGCUCGAGUGCAGCAAAAACGUCACUCCACAGUGAGUGCAACACAGGGCGCACCCUCACAACCUGCUACGGCGCGCGCCGUUACAAUGCCAAUGGUGCAGCACGCAGCACCUCUGCAUUCUGAUACGGCGAUGCCAACAGUGCGACAUGCACGUGUCAAAGAACCAGUGGUUGAACUGCCGUCGUUCUCGCUCCACAAGCCACCAUCUCCAGCGCAAAUCAGCACGUUUAGUGCCCUGUCAUUUGCAUUAGUAUCUGGUGCUUGCAUCGUAGACUACCUACCCCCGAAAAUGCAGUCCCUGCCGCCACUCACAGUCGCAGACAACUCAGAAUGCGGCUUCAUAGUCUCGUCAUAUAGUACUCUGACUGGGGCACUCGAUUAUUAG